AUGGCCCGCCGUCCUGCCCGUUGCUACCGGUACUGCAAGAACAAGCCGUACCCCAAGUCGCGGUUCAACCGUGGUGUGCCGGACCCCAAGAUCAAGAUCUACGAUCUGGGCCGCAAGCGCGCCACCGUCGAUGACUUCCCUCUCUGCGUCCACCUCGUCUCCAACGAGUAUGAGCAGCUGAGCUCUGAGGCCCUUGAAGCCGCUCGUAUCUGCGCCAACAAGUACCUUGUCAAGUAUGCCGGCAAGGAAGGUUUCCACCUGCGCGUUCGCGCCCACCCCUACCACGUCAUCCGCAUCAACAAGAUGCUUUCUUGCGCCGGUGCCGAUAGAUUGCAGACUGGUAUGCGUGGUGCUUUCGGCAAGCCCCAGGGUACCGUCGCCCGUGUCGACAUUGGUCAGAUUCUGAUCUCUGUCCGCACCCGUGACUCCAACCGCGCCAUUGCCCUCGAGGCUCUGCGCCGCUGCCAGUACAAGUUCCCUGGCCGGCAAAAGAUCAUCGUCUCCAAGAACUGGGGCUUCACCCCUCUCCGCCGCGAGGAGUACCUGGAGAAGAAGGCUGCUGGCCGCGUCCGCGUCGAUGGUGCUUAUGUUCAGUUCCUCACCAACCACGGCAACCUCGAGGAGAACAUGCGUCGCUUCCCCGACGCCUUCAAGGCUUAA